AAUGAAAGAACUAGAAAAUCAACUUCCUGAAGAUUACAAUGAUCAAGUGAGCCCGAAUGAUAUAUUUACUCAAAUCAUGGGACCAGAUAGAUCUGGCCGAGUACGUAUGCUUGGUGAUGGAAUUAGCCCAUCUGAUUUAUGGGGAGUAGUUCCUAGUCGUGGCACAUGCAAUCGACUAGUUAUGGAACAGAAUGCAAAGUUAGAACAGAUGAAUGAACAAAUCAAAAAGCAAGGUCAACAUAUUACAAUGUUAGAAACAAAGAUUUCUGAACAAUCAAGCACAAAUCCUCUUUCAAAUUCUAAUAAUAGUCGACACACUUCAUCAAGUAGCAAUCCACAAGGUUCUAUUCCAUCUCGUCCAACCUUACAGGUGACAGGUACUUAGAUUUUGCAUAUGAUGGUUGAAGAUGGUUGAUAGUAAAUUAGUUAGUUUUUUAUUUUAUAAGACUUUGUUAGUUUUAAAAUUCAAUGAUUUGUUAGUAUUUAGUUAACAUUGGAUUCAAUACUUUUACAUUAGUAAUGCAUUUGUAUUUUUGUGAUGA